AAUAUUGAUUUAAAGUUCUACUUCUGCUAUAGAUACCAGAACAGCUAAGGUUCCAGAAUAAUUACAGAGUGGGGUAGGAUACUAAGAGAAAAAAGGGAAAAGAAAUAAAAGGGAAAAGGAUGAAACUGUGCACUUGUUCCAUGAUUGUUGCUCUUAUUUUGGCUUCGAGCUUUGCUACUAGUAGAGCGGAGGAGAGCAGAAGGUUUGGACAGGAAACAAGAGAAGCCAAGAAUAACACUCAUCAUUCCAGAGAUUUUUCAGAUCUUUGCCGAAGUCACCCUUGCAGAAAUGGAGGAACAUGUUUGACUCCAUGCGACAGAUGUUCUCCUACUUGCAUUUGCCCUGCAGCAUUCACGGGGGGAAACUGUGAAGUGGCCAAAUGUUUUGAUGAAACUCUCUAUGAAUAUUUUGAGAGCGGGAAAACCUGGGCAAGGAUCUAUCAAGGGACAGUGCAACACUGCACUUGCAUUAACAGCCUAGUUGAGUGCCAACGUGAACAGUACACAGAUUGUGCCAUCAACCCAUGCCUCCAGGGGGGCUCUUGCAGGAGAACUGCCUUCACUAACAGGACUGUCUGUGGGUGCAGAGAUCCUUUUGUGGGAAAAUACUGCAAUAUUAUUCCUAGCCAACACUGCCAAUCAGGCAAUGGAUUAAAUUACAGGGGCAUUGUGAAGAAGACAGUUUCUGGAAAUAAUUGUCUGCCAUGGAAUUCAGAUUUGCUUAAUGCUGACUUUGCUGACAAUCCUGUGCAGCUGGGACUGGGAGCACAUUCAUAUUGCCGAAAUCUAGAUGAUGAUGAGAAACCUUGGUGUUAUUUCAUCAAAGACAACACAGUAUCUUGGGAAUACUGCAACAUCACAUCAUGUGAGAGGUGGGGAAGACGGCCACCAGCACCAGCACCACCACCAUCACCAGAAAUAUUAGAGGAGUUUGCUGUUGUCAGGAAUUCAUGUGGAAAGAGACAUAAGAAGCGAAGUUUCCUAAGACCUAGGAUUGUAGGCGGUUCUUCUGCUCUGCCAGGCUCCCAUCCAUGGCUGGCUGCUAUAUAUAUUGGCCAAGAGUUCUGCGCUGGAAGCCUUAUUCGUUCUUGCUGGGUGCUGACAUCUGCACAUUGUUUCGCUAGUAGCCCACUGAAAUCAACCAUUCGAGUUGUUUUGGGACAACAUUUUUUAAAUAAAACAACAGAUGUCACUCAAGAAUUUGAUGUGGAGAGAUAUAUCAUGCAUCCUGACUACACAGUGUACAAGCCAACUGAAAAUGAUAUUGCUUUAAUUAAACUAAAGAAGUCCAAACAGCGUUGUGCAGUUAAGUCCCAAUUUGUCCAACCGAUCUGCCUCCCGGAAAAAGGAAUGUCAUUCCCAGAUCAUUAUAAAUGUCAAAUUGCUGGAUGGGGACACUUGCAUGAAAAUUCAUCUAGCUACUCUCAUGUACUUCAAGAAACCUCUGUCCAAAUAAUCCCCGAUUACAAGUGUCAAAAUUAUGAAGUUUAUGGAGCUGAUAUUAGUGAAAAUAUGUUCUGUGCUGGUUUCCUUGAGGGCAAAACAGAUGCCUGCCAGGGAGAUUCUGGAGGACCACUUGCUUGUGCAAAGGAUGGAAUUUCUUACCUGUAUGGUAUUAUUAGUUGGGGUGAUGGCUGUGGCAAAGCUGGAAAGCCUGGGGUUUAUACAAAAGUCACCAAUUAUGUGGACUGGAUAAAUGAGAAGAUAAGCCCUGCUCUAAGGAAGACAAGUAGCUCUUGACUGAUUUUAUGUUUUGCUAACACUAUAAAGUAAUGUCAACAAUCACUGUUUAUAAUGCUAAAAGUUCUUAUUAAAAAGCAACAUGCUCUUUAAAAAUA